ACUAAUCACCCUUUGCUUUCUUUUCCAAUAGCGUUGUGUGGUACUGCGUUUUCUGAAGUUUCCUCCCAAUAGGAAGAAGGCCUCGGAAGAAGUAUUCCAGCACCUACAAAACAUAGUGGACUUUGGCAAAAAUGUCAUGAAAGAGUUUUUGGGGGAGAACUAUGUUCAUUGUGGGGAGGUGGUUCGGCUGCCUUUAGACUUUGUGAAGCAGCUCUGCUUAAAGAUACAGUCUGAACGACCAGAAUCUCGCUGUGACAAGGACAUGGACACUCUCAGUGGUUAUGCUCUGUGCCUUCCCAAUUUAGCCAGACUUCAGACGUACCAUUUUGCUGAGCACCGGCCGAUACUGUGUGUAGAGAUCAAGCCAAAAUGUGGGUUUAUUCCUUCCUCCAGUGCCGUGACGCACGAGAUGAAGCACAAGGUGUGCCGCUACUGCAUGCACCAGCACCUCAAGGUGGCAACUGGGAAGUGGAAGCAGAUCAGUAAAUACUGUCCCCUCGAUCUCUACUCGGGAAAUAAGCAGAGAAUGUACUUUGCCUUGAAAAGCUUGUUGCAGGAGGCACAGAACAACUUGAAGAUAUUUAAGAAUGGGGAGCUGAUUUAUGGCUGCAAAGAUGCCCGCAGCCCCACAGUUGACUGGCGGGAGCUGGCACAUCACCUGAAGCCGUUCUUCUACCCGUCCAACGGCCUGGCCAGCGGGCCCCACUGUGCGAGGGCCGUGAUCCGGGAGCUGGUGCGCGUCAUCACGCGGGUGCUGCUCAGUGGCUCAGACAAGGGCCGGGCAAGUGCCCUGAAGUUGGGGCCUGGGUCCUCAGGGCCUUGUGUCUGUGAAGCCAGCCCCUUCAGGAGGAGCCUGCGUCACCAAGGAAAAAGCAGCCUGGAGCACUCGGGGUUGCCGAAGGGCUGUCUUCUGUACCAAACCCUUCAGGUGCAGAUGUUGGACCUGCUGGACAUCGAAGGCCUCUACCCUCUGUACCGACGGGUUGAGCGGUACCUGGAGGAGUUUCCUGAGCAGAGGAAAGCGUUGCAGAUCGAUGGGCCAUAUGACGAAGCGUUUUACCAGAAGCUGCUCGACCUUUCCACAGAGGACGAUGGGACAGUGGCCUUUGCGCUGACCAAGGUGCAGCAGUACCGGGUGGCCAUGACGGCGAAGGACUGCUCCAUCAUGAUCGCGCUCUCCCCCUGCCUGCAGGACGCCAGCUCUGAUCAGAGGCCUGUGGUCCCUGCAUCGCGGUCCAGGUUUGCCUUCUCCGUGUCUGUGCUGGACCUUGACCUCAAGCCCUAUGAGAGCAUCCCGCAUCAGUACAGACUGGACGGCAAGAUCGUCAACUACUACUCGAAGGCUGUGCGCGCCAAAGACGCCGCCCCGGUGUCGGCCAGGUUCAAGGAGAGCGAAGACUGCACCUUAGUUCUCCAUAAGGUCUAGCUUCUCUCCUGUGGCGUCUUGAAACUUGAACAUGGGAUGUGAAGAUUGAACGAUAGCGCUUUGUGGUGGGUGACUGGCUGUGAAUGUUGUUGCUUUCUAACCACUGUUCGGGGCUGCUGCUGGGAUGCAGGAAGGAGGCCCCUCCCAGGGCAGGCGGGCCAGGGGGGCUGUGCAUUGUGUCCUGGCACCUCGGGCAGCUUCCUUCUUACCCAAGGCUCAUGUCUAACCUCUAAUGCAAACGCCUGUUUGUAAGACCCAAGGUUUGGAUCUCCUACCACCAGGCUCUUAGCACACGGAACACGGACCGUCAUGUAGAUCUUACAAUUUGGCCUUUUAAGAAAACAGGGAUCCUACUGGAACUGCCUCAGCUGAGUGGCCAGCCACACGCCAAUCAGCACAGGCCCGUGGCCCCUGCAGGUGAGGGCGCAGUGCAGACGGCCACCAUUCUGCGUGGGAUCAGAGGGGCCACGGGACUCAGGUUGGGCAAACACCAUCACGUGAGCAUCAACUCCUUUCCUGUUCUUUCCGGAGUGACGCCGCUCUGAACCGUGAGGAGGCGCCAGCCCUGUGCCUCUGCCCUGGGCCUCCCUCGGGUGCUGGGCCGCCUCUGCAGGGCUGCCGCCCGCUGGUGCAAGAGGAGUGGCCCUGCUGGCACCCUGGGCUCUUGGUGGGGCUCCCCAGGCGCCAGACUGCUGUGAACAUGCGAGUCCUGGUGGCAGGUUCACUCCAUUAUCGGUUGUACAGACUGAUUAUUUAUAGCAUCGUUUUGAGGGAUUAAUGAAGGCUCAUUGUAAUAUAUUAUAAUGUUAGUGAAACCGUGGAAUUAUAUGAAAUAUAAGGAGACUAUUUUGCUGAUUGUAAAUUUUAUGGGGAAAUUUUGUGAUAAUUUGAGAAUUACACUUGUUUGAAUUA